AUGGGAGAUUUUAACCCCCAUAUUGACUGGAAUCAUAGAGAAAGCAAAAAGCUGGCGGACGAACUGUUUCUGGAUGGAUUGCAUAAACGAAAACUUCCUUACUCAGCAUGUGAUGAAGCCAACAAGGGGAGAAAAUAUAUUAGAUUUAAUAAUAUCAACAGACGAGAACAUAAUAAAAGAAAAAAAAAACUGCGUUUGAAUACCCCACGUAUGUAUAAUCAUGUACUGCGCAUGGCUCUCGAACACAAAUUAAAUGAGGCUCUCAAAAGCCACAGUUUUACUGAUGUUAAGGAAAGUUGGCAAUUUAUGCGUGAUCUUAUCUAUCAAGUAUCAUUGUCGGUUCUGGGGGAAAAAGCUAUGAAAAAUGAGAAUUGGUGCAAAGCAAACUUGUCAGAAAUUGAAAUUGCAAAAAAAAAAGAGAAGCUUUGA